GCGACGCGACUUUCGUUUGUACUUUUGUACUUGUAGUCAAACGAGAAUUUAUGACAAAACGGGAGGGAGACUUUAAGACAAAAAUAGAACCCUCCUAAUUACGCGAAACGUCAAGACCUACAGAUGGAAGCCAAGUCCCUUCGAAGUCUGAAGUGUAGUCCAGACCACUACGCGAGGGCCUUCAAAGCCUUCCGUGACCGGUGUUCAGAAGUCAGUGGAAUCCCCGACUGGAUAGGCACUGUGUUCAGCGAUGCAGUCGUCAAUAAACUUCAGGUCACACCGGAGGGACAAGAAGGGCUACGUGUCCUUGGAAUCGGGAGUGGUUCUGGUGAAAUUGACUGCCUCAUGCUGGAAAGAUUUUUACAGCGGUUUCCACGCAUCUACAACUGUGUAGUUGAGCCGGUCCCCGUGAUGGUGGACCAGUACAAAUCGCUUGUUCAAUCCAUGGCCCCUGAACUACAAGGUGUCCACUGUGACUGGCACAUGACGACAAUGCAGCAAUACCAAGAGGCCGGGAGUCCAACCAAGUACCACUUCAUUGGCGCCAUUCACUCCAUCUACUUCGUGAACGGUGUGGACAAAUGGAUGGCGAGCCUCUACGACAUGUUGGCUCCCGGUGGCAUAAUGCUGAUGGUCCUCAAUUCAGACACGAGCGGGUUGUGCCGUUUUCAAGAUAGUCUUAUAUCCAUUCUCGGUCGAUCAAAGUGCAUCAUGUCCGAUGCAAUACUGCGCUCCCUUGACCGGCAGAGCAUUCCCUACGCUCUGUCGCACCAGAAGAGCCUCCUAGACAUCACCACGUGCUUCAAGGAAGAUUCGGAGGACAGAAGACUGCUGCUGGAUUUCCUCACUGACGUGGUGGACUUCCAAGGGACGGCGGCUGAGGAGCAGCAGAGAUCGGUGUUAGAGAGUCUGGCCAGCGGCGAUUGCUCCACAAGGGACGGCGAGAAGGUGUGGCUACGAACCGACUGGGACGCUGUAUUUGUCCAGAAGCCGGCCAAGGCAGAGUAACCGUAAUCUGAGCUUCUUGUGGGGUGUUGUCAGUUUAGGCAAAAUAUAUCUGAGGGUGAUAAGAAACUGAAAUAGUCGUAUUUUAGGAUGUAUUUUGUAUCAAGUUGAAUAGUGAAAUACAUGUACAUGUAGUUUUCAAGGGUGAAGAUGUGUCAAAUUGAAUACUGUAUUUUCAUUGGCUGAGACUGAUCAUGGGAAUGUGCCCAUGAAAACGCAUAUCGCAUCGUGACACCACAUGGUGAGAUUAUGAACUCCCCCCCCCACUUUAGUGUCCAAGGGAUAAAGCAGGGUUCAUUAAACAAAGCACCGAGGGCUUCACCUAUUAUGCUGCGAGUCCUUUGGAGGUAAAAACAUCAUAUCCAUAUACAACACUCAAUAAUGGCACCACAAUAACGUAAAAAAUAAGACCUUUUUUUUUUAGCUUAAAUGAGUAAUCUUUAAAUAAAUAACAAGCCUUUUUAUACACAAGACUUUUAUAUUACUGUUGUAUUACAUUUAUUCUCUUAGCCAAUCAGGAAGAGUUUAUUGUUUUUAUGGAUUUCAGAUGCAGAUGUAAUAUAUAUCCCAGGGAGAUCAAGGCAGAUCUAGGUUUAUUUUUGUUGGUUUUCAAUAGCAUCACGCAAGCAUUCACUCAGGGUUUCUAUCACAUAAAUGUAUUACAGAAACAGUUGUUUGUUUUGUGUAUUUGGAAGAUCCAUUGUAUACUCGCACUUUGCUCAUUUUAUUCAUCCGUAUUUAUUGAUGGCUGUUGGUGUGGCAGGACCUCUUUUUUUUUGCUUCAAUUUUCACAAUUGAGAGGACUUAAAUUCUCCAUAAAAACUCUGAGCAGUGCUA